GCGGCAGGCGCGCUACGCAGCACGGCGCCAUGGCUGUGGCUGUGGCUGUGAUCCCACCUCGCUGCCGCGCUCUGUACAGCACGCCGCGGCGCCCACGUACAUUCUUCCGACAGACGCGCGCGGCUCCACGCUACACAGUCGCUUUCCUGAGCGAAUUUCGAUGGAACACGAGCAUAAAACUUCCCGCGCGCAGUACACACAGGCAAACUUCACGCGUCCCUGUAGCAACGCGUGGAAAUACCAGGUUUUUAGAAAAGGAGCGCCUUCAUUCGGCAGGACACGAAGACAGCGUAGAUGAGUCCAUCCGACGUAAACAUCAGACCGAAGAAAAUACUUCGUACUCCUUCGGUGCUGCAGUCAUCAGAAUUCAUAAGGUAAUUGUCCCUCCAUCACAACAUGUCCACUUAACGAUUCAAAAAUGGCUCUGAGCACUAUAGGACUUAAC